GCAGAUCACUAAUGCUGGAAAAAGUACAGAGUCCAGGGAAGGACUUGCUUGUAACUUUCUGGUUUCUUGGAGUUUCUUUUUUUUUUUUCCCCUUGCUUUUUCUUAACUUUCACUCAGGGUUAUUGUAGUCUGAUGUGUCCUGCCCAAGGCUACAAAAUUUGACAAACUUCACUUCCUUCUUAUACUCAAUGAUAUCUGCUUUAAACCAAAGGACUGCCUAUCAUUUCAUUAAGAAUGUCUUCUAAUUCGGAUACUGGGGAUUUACAAGAAUCUCUAAAGCACGGACUUACACCUAUUGGUGCAGGGCUUCCGGACGGACACGGACCCCCUGCACCCGCGCGCGGCCGCCUUGUCAUGCUGCCCAAAGUGGAGACGGAAGCCCUGGGACUGGCUCGGUCGCAUGGGGACCAGGGGCAGAUGCCGGAAAACAUGCAAGUGUCUCAGUUUAAAAUGGUGAAUUACUCCUAUGAUGAAGAUCUUGAAGAGCUCUGUCCCGUGUGUGGAGAUAAAGUGUCUGGGUACCAUUAUGGGCUCCUCACCUGUGAAAGCUGCAAGGGCUUUUUUAAGCGAACAGUCCAAAAUAAUAAAAGGUACACGUGUAUAGAAAACCAGAACUGCCAAAUUGAUAAAACGCAGAGAAAGCGUUGUCCUUACUGUCGAUUUCAAAAAUGUCUAAGUGUUGGAAUGAAGCUAGAAGCGGUAAGGGCGGACCGAAUGCGUGGAGGAAGGAAUAAGUUCGGGCCCAUGUACAAGAGGGACAGGGCCCUGAAGCAGCAGAAAAAAGCCCUCAUCCGAGCCAACGGACUGAAGCUGGAAGCCAUGUCUCAGGUGAUCCAAGCCAUGCCCCCCGAGCUGAGCAUCUCCUCUGCGAUUCAGAACAUCCAUUCCGCCUCCAAAGGCCUACCUCUGAACCACGCUGCCUUGCCUCCUACAGACUACGACCGCAGCCCCUUCGUGACCUCCCCCAUCAGCAUGACCAUGCCCCCUCACGGCAGCCUGCCCGGGUACCAGACCUACAGCCCCUUCCCCAGCCGCGCCAUCAAGUCCGAGUACCCCGACCCCUACACCAGCUCGCCGGAGUCCAUCAUGGGCUACUCCUACGUGGACAGCUACCAGACCAGCUCCCCGGCCAGCAUCCCCCACCUCAUCCUGGAACUGCUCAAGUGUGAGCCGGACGAGCCCCAGGUGCAGGCCAAGAUCACGGCCUACUUGCAGCAGGAGCAGGCCGGCCGCGGCAAGCACGAGCGGCUCAGCACGUUCGGGCUCAUGUGCAAGAUGGCGGACCAGACGCUCUUCUCCAUCGUGGAGUGGGCGCGCAGCAGCGUCUUCUUCCGGGAGCUCAAGGUGGAUGACCAAAUGAAGCUGCUUCAGAACUGCUGGAGUGAGCUCUUAAUUCUCGACCACAUUUACCGACAAGUAGUUCACGGAAAGGAGGGCUGCAUCUUCCUGGUUACUGGGCAACAAGUGGACUACUCCGUCGUAGCCUCGCAGGCGGGGGCCACACUCAGCAACCUCAUGAGCCACGCACAGGAUCUGGUGGCGAAGCUUCGUUCUCUGCAGUUCGAUCAGCGAGAGUUCGUGUGUCUCAAGUUCUUGGUGCUCUUCAGUUUAGAUGUCAAAAACCUGGAGAACUUCCAGCUGGUCGAAGGCGUCCAGGAACAAGUCAACGCUGCCCUGCUGGACUAUACCGUGUGUAACUACCCGCAGCAGACAGAGAAAUUCGGGCAGCUGCUGCUCCGACUUCCGGAGAUCCGGGCCAUCAGCAUGCAGGCCGAGGAGUACCUCUACUACAAGCACCUGAACGGGGACGUGCCCUACAACAACCUGCUGAUCGAGAUGCUGCAUGCAAAACGAGCUUAGUCACCGCCCCCAGGAGCUCGGCUUCCCAGAAACACAGAGAUGGGUGGGGUGGGGGAGGAGAAGAACAGGAAAAAGGGAAAAAAAUACUCUGAAUGGCUCCAAGCAACACGAGUUAAACACUUGGUUUAAAGAUACUGAAUUUGAUAAGGCAUAGUAAUCAGAUACUGAAUAGCCAAUAAAUGAUGUAUCAGGGUAUUUGUAUCGCAAACUGUGAAUCAAAGGUAGUCACAUCCCCAAAGCGUUCCGUGCAAAAGACACUGGAACGGAGUGGACUGAACCCACAGGCGGAUCCCAGCACCAUGUCCGGCUGGAAACAGACAGAAGCUUUCUUGUAUAUUGAAACUGAUCUCCAAUGUGAAGAAUUCUGAGAGCUGAUCCGUGUUAUUCGUUAGGCUUACGUGGCAGGGAAUUUGAGCUUACAGAAUUCCUCCGUGGUAAAGCUGAACUGAAACCAUCCUCAAGAAUCCAUCAGCUGCACCAAUAACAACCCUCUCCUCUUCCUUCCAAGGACCCAGCACCUUCUGUCCUCUGAUCCCGGAGUCUGUACCGAGGACCUGUGCUCCGCCGCACCCCCCAGAAGCUCUGCCAAACCUCGAAAAGCCUAAUCUUGGCUCUCUGUAUCUUAGACCUGCCAACAGCUAAUAAGAACAGUCCAUUAAUACGUGAGCUUGCCAUUUUGACUAUGUUCUGGUUUGUUUUGUCAUGUGUUCAUAAUGUUUGGGGGAAAAUAAAGCAGGCAUUGUCCCUCUUCUGAUCCUAUUACAAGCGUUCAUUAAUACUAAGGGCAGCGACUACAAACUUUUAAAGCUUUAGCUUUAGCAUUACUGGAUUUCAUAAAAAGUCCCAGCAGAAAGGCUCUUUAGGAUGCAUCGGCCUUUUUAACCAUCAAGGUUUGUAGUUCAUUAAAAAAAUACAAUAGGAAACAUUUUGCUGAAAUGUCAAAUAGUCACCGUUCUGAACAGGAAAACUACACAGAAGCAUGUUAAGCUAUGCAAAAUAAAGGUGGGGGUGAGCAGAUACAUUGAUUGACAUGUUGCAAUUGAUCAUCCCCUGAACAUAGAGAGGAAACGGUGAUCUUUACGUAGCCUGGAAAGAUAGUAAUGUGCUUCAAAUCUUCCCCCAUAGGGAAAGGAAGAGAGUGAUAGUGACCUUUCUAAGUCACUAUAUAGACCAAAGUCUGCUAUAGAACAAUUAUUGGAGGACAGAGAACUGUGAAACGAAGUCUCCCGACCAUUCUGUCAGUAUUAUCAACAGGCGAUGCCAGAGAUACAGAAGUCUUGCCUUACUUCACAAUUCUCAAAGGUAGCAGAUGUGCAUCAACACUUGUUUAAAAUAAAGUAUUAAUACUUUAAAGUCAAAUAAAAUAGAGUGUUUACAUUCCUUAGGUCCUCUGGGGGGGGGGGGGGACUGUGAUAUGACAAAAGAGCUGAAGUCGCAAUUUCCUUAAUGUUAUUUUUCUGAUCGGUAAUUAUUUUUAACAGUACUUAGUUAUUGUAUGUCGUGAGACACUAAAAUCAGAAACGGGGAUCUCAUUUAGAUUUUAAUUUUUUUUUUUUUUUUGAGAUUAUUGGCGGCACAAUCACUUGUAGAAACUGUAAAAAAAUGAAAGUAUCUCCUAGUCCCUUAAUUUUUUCAUAAAUGUUUCUGGCUUUUGAAUAGUUUAUUUAUAUUGUAUAUCAUAGUUUCAACUGUAGACAAUUAUGAUGCUAAUUUAUUGUUCCUUGGUUUCACCUUUGUCUAAAAUAUAGCCAAGACUGAAGAAACCAAAUCUAUGUGUUUAUUGUAGCAUGUCAAGUUAGUGGGACAUAGUUCAGAGACAGAGAGGGGUCUUAAUGAAUUUAAAUCAUUCACUUGAUUAAUUGUCUGUAAAUCUUCAUGGUUCUUACUGUAGUUUAUUUAAUGUCUAUUGUAAAUUAUGUGACUUGUAGCUUCCUCUGUUUUCUAGUAAAUUUAACAAGGGUGGAGUCUUAUCUGGUUUACUUUCCAAGCGUUGUAAGUUGUAUACCAAAGAUAUUAGUUAUUACUUCUGUGAGUACAGAGAAGAUUACUUUAUUAUUUUUAUUAAUCACCUCUAACACAUGUCCAAGUGAAGGGUACCCAUAGCUAAGCCGGGAGUCCAUAGCUCGUCACUCAGAGGUCACCUGUGUUGUCUCCAUGGCUCAAAGGACAACAGAAGAUAGUUGAUCAGAGUCCGUACCCAAAGCAGUGAAUAGAGCAGCAUCUUUACUCUCCCCAGUUAAAAACCAAGUUGGAGGGGAAAAGUGCCAACAGUUGAUGAGAUGGUUCCAUCAGUGUAUACGGAACACAGGUUGAGACAAUUUCUAGAUCUGGGAGAUAGUUAUUUGGAGGGUCCUUAACAUUGCAAAAAAAAAAAAAAAAAAAAAAAAUUCAAAAACAAA